AUGCUUCUGACAAAGCUCCUGCUGCUACCUGCAGCUCUCGCGUCUACGGUGACAGUCUACAUACACCCAAUCGCGGCUUCCACAACCCCCAAGUCUGCAGUCGUGCCAUCCCCCGUCCCGCUCGCGCAGAUAGACGUUGAUGCCGAAUCGUCCACUGGAUCCAUCGUUUCUUAUACUCCUCCGCAUGGUUCCUAUUCUCCUGACAGCUUGGUUCGUGUCGGCCUCCACGACGCAAAGACACAGUCGUGGCGCGGUGUAGUCACAUCAGCAGCGAGCUUUGCGGAGCUGUACAAGCAGAAUUUCGUGGUACACGUGGAUGAGAAAGGCGAAGCAUACCAUGUUGGCUUUACUGCGAGUGCAAAGGACGGAUCGAACGCCAGCGACCGGAAGGAUGUGACGGUGCAAGUUGUGCAGAGAUCUGUGGGACCAAAGCCAACGCUGAACAAGCCUAUCGUGUUGAAUGCCGAGGGCAAGAUCGAGGCAAAGGAGCCGGAAAAAUCCUUCCUACAAAAGUACUGGUGGAUGAUUGGUCUCUUUUUGCUCGUUCAGGUUGUCGCUGGCGGUAAAGAAUAA